AGAUUACUGUUAAUACACCAACUGGAACACUUUCUACGGGUGCUUUAGCUACAAUUACAUGGGCAGUUAAUGGCGUUGCACCGACGAUAUUAGGCUCUUUAAAAAUACGUAAUAAAGCGACAAACGAAGAUACCACGAUAGAAGAAGCAUUAGAUCUCUCAAAAUUAAGUAAACAAUGGAAAGUCAAUGUUCAGCCAGGACAGUAUUUAUUCGUUAUUAAUGAUGGUAGUGGUGAAAGAUUUUCCGGUAACUUUAACGUGAUUAGCGGAGUCCCAUUGUCUGGUGCUCCUUCAAGUCCGACUGAUGGGACUUCUGCAGGCAAUGCUCCCGCAGCCGCUCCGGCUAAACCUCCAAGUAGCAGUGCUCCUAAUCCGCCUAAUAAUUCACCAGCAUCAGGUUCACGUCCUGCAAAGCCUACAGGUUCAACUACCAC